CCUGGGAAAGUGGCUCAGCCUAGGUUGUUCCACAGGACCCUUAGCUUCUAUGGGAACAGAGGAAAAGCCACUGUUUUCACCCUAGACUUGCUUUCUUCCAACCGUUUCUUCUCAUGUUGGCUGACAUUACCCAAUCUGCCAAACUAGAAAUGGCAUCGUCAUGCUCAGAUCCUCUCUUUGUGUCACCUCCUGUGAUCCACUGAUUACUGAGCCAGACGGUAUAUUUAAUCCUGCUCUACUAUUAAUUUUCCCUGCCCCUUAUAAUCCCCACUCCUCUCAGUCUCAUUCCCACCCAAACUGUACUUCCAGAUCACAAGUAGAAAUUCUGCAGUUUCUCUGCUCUAACACUCCUGGUGACUCUGCACCAUCCAUGCACAGGACCAAGUCUAGACUUCCUGCCCUUCUGGACCUGGCCCCAGCCCCUUUUUCUGGCUCUGUUCUGGGCCUGACCCAUCUAGGAGACGUGGUUUGGAUGGUAGAGUAUUCAAAUUUCCCACAGUUCAUGGCUGUUCAAAAACAUUGGGGACAUCAGUUCCCAACAUACUUUCCUUAUUAGCCAUUCAUAGCCACAGUACAGAAGAAGCUUCUAUGUUUAUAAUCUCAUAUCAUCAAGGAAAAGUUAAAAUAUGUUUAAUAACUCAUAUUUUAAAAGGCAGCAUAAAGAUAGAUGCCAGAUUUGGGGAGGAUUUUUACCCAAAAUAGCUGAAAUUUUUUAAGAAUCUAGUGCUUAAAGAGAUAAGUUUCAGUUACCUGGAGAACCCACUUAGGAAGUCCAGUAAAUGAAAUGUGGUCAGCAGGGCACAUGGAGAUCCUGUUAGAUCCUGUCAGCAAGAGAGAGCCGCAGAUAAGCAAGCAGGACUGGAGUAAACAUGAGGAAGCGAUGGCAGGUACUCCAGAUGGCAGAUACUCCAGACUCAUCUACACCAGCUCCAGAGGCAGGUGCACGGCCCGGGGCGGUGCUGGGCUCAGGCAGGGAGGCUGGGGAUCAGGCCCCAAGGCCCUUAGCAGAAAAUAUGCCUUUCUGGUUUGAAUGGCAUUUCUGGGACAUUGAGGCAGAUUUUUUUUUUUUUUUUUGGCUGAGCACUUGGAAGGUAAGCAAACACAAACACAUUUUGGAGGAGUCAAUUGCCCCUCAUGAGUGUGCUUUAGUAGCGCAAGCGAGCAAGUGCUCCAAUCCCCAUGGAGUAAGAUCAGAAGCUGCAGAAUAGCAAAGGUGCAAAGGACCUUUGGUGAAUGGACCAGUAGUGAGGCCACCUUCCCUCAAAUAGAACAGAUCUCUUGGUCAGGAGACAGUGAUGGCAGUUUUAAUGGGGGAGGAAGGGUCAUUGUGGGCAACCCAUAAGGAGGCAGAAUCCUCAGUGACCAUGGAACCAUUUUACCAACCAACCCAGUUCAGUCUGCAGUGUGGACAUUCCAUAUACAUUUGUAGCAGAGGUGUGGCCAGGAUUAGCGCAGGCAGACCUGUUCCUCCCAUGGGGGCUGAGGUCUCCUCUUUCCUGACUCUGAGCCAGUGGGGUGAGGUGGAGUGGGGGGUAGGAAGGAAGUCAGUGCUGCCCGACAGAGCAGGCGGCUGCCUGGAUUACCAUGUUGUCGUGUGUCUCCUCCUAUUAAUCCUCAUUGGAACAGCAGGUAGCCUGAGAAGCCUGAAUCGUGUAUUAGUCCCCCGCUGUUGUGCCACGUAUAAAAAACAGAUGAGCUUUGUUAGCCAGUGAGUUUGUGCAGUCAGUUCUUACUGAAGUCAAGCUUUUGGUCCAAGGGAAAACAAAGCUUCGAGAUACAUGGAACUUUCUUAUACCUUCUUGAAAAUGCAAGUCAUGUUGCCCGGGGAAUACUUCUCUCACCAAGUGUUCUGCACCCUGCCAACCUUGGAGCUAUGGAAGAGGCAGCUGAAGUUAUUCCAAGAAAAUACUGGCAGUUUGGUAAUAAAAGGAAAUAUCGUAUCUCCCCUACCUCUAGGCUGGGUUUCUAAGAGUGCACAUGGUCAGAAGGAAACUGCGCUUAACUUUGGGAAAUGAUUACUUGCUGGGCUUCUGGACACACCGGCCGGGUGUCCAGGCAGUGCUGGGUGAGAGUGAGCUCGGGCCGUGUGCAAAGACCCACAGUGCUGCCUGCGGUGUGAUGAGCGAGAGGGUGCCAGCUGGUGGGACGGGUGUAGAUAAACAGAAGCAAGUAGGUGUGGUGGCGUGCAGCCUGUCCAAGUUGCUGAAGCUUGCUGCCAAAUGAAGACUGCCGGCAUCCUCUCCUGGGCCGGCUCAGGAGCGGAAGGGUGCCUUCUCCCUGCUAAUUAGGAUACUUUUAAAGCACUUCCUUCUGAUACAACCAAUACUCUGGAGAAGGUGAACCACGUUAGUGGGAGUGACGGUGCGAGUGGAUCUAGUGAUGGAGCAAGCGGGAGGCGAGGUGCUGCAGGCCCUGAGCAGUCCUUCCUGGCAACCGAGUGACCCACAUGUGACUCUGCUGUCUGUCCACAAGCAGGAAGGCACUUCCCCAUCAGAGGAGGGAGACUUUCCACGGAGAGUUUUGAAUGGAAGCUGGGAAAUGCGUUCCAACCAGAUCUUGACUAAACUUUCUUUGCCUGCCCCUGAGUGGGAACCAGCAAUGAAGCAGAGUUUUGCCUUUGACAACGUUGGCUUCGAAGGUAGUCUGGAUGGCCUGUGCCCUUCUCCUCCAGUGAGCACCAGCAUGAUCCGGAUUUGGGGUAUGACUUGCCAGUCAUGUGUAAAAUCCAUCGAGGACAUGAUUUCCGGUUUGAAAGGCGUUGUAAGCAUUAAGGUUUCCCUGGAACAAGGCAGUGCAACUGUGAACUACGUGCCAUCAGUCAUAAGCCUGCGACAGGUCUGCCAUCAAAUCGAGGACAUGGGCUUUGAAGCCAGCAUUGCAGAAGGAAAGGCUGCUUCCUGGCCCUCAAGGUCCUUGCCCCCCCAGGAGGCUGUGGCCAAGCUCCGGGUGCAGGGCAUGACCUGCCAGUCCUGCGUCAGCUCCAUCGAAGGCAAGAUCCGGAAACUGCAAGGAGUAGUGAGAGUCAAAGUCUCGCUCAGCAACCAAGAGGCCAUCGUCACUUAUCAGCCUUAUCUUAUUCAACCCGAAGACCUCAGGGACCAUGUAAAUGACAUGGGAUUUGAAGCUGCCAUCAAGAGCAAAGCGACUCCCUUAAGCCUGGGACCAAUUGAUAUUGGGCGGUUACAAAGCACUAACCCAAAGAGACCUUUAGCUUUUGCUAACCAGAAUUUCAGUAAUUCUGAGACCUCGGGCCAACAAGGAAGCCACGUGGUCACCCUCCAACUGAGAAUAGAUGGAAUGCACUGUAAGUCUUGCGUCUUGAAUAUUGAAGGAAACAUAGGCCAACUCCCAGGGGUUCAAAAUAUUCAAGUGUCCUUGGAGAACAGAACUGCCCAAGUACAGUAUGACCCUUCUCUUACCAGCCCAGUGUCUUUGCAGAGGGCCAUCGAGGCGCUUCCACCUGGGAACUUUAAAGUUUCUCUUCCUGAUGGAGCAGAAAGGAGCGAGACAGAUCCUGGGCCUUCCGGUUGUCACUCCCCUGGCUCCCCGCAGAGAAACCAGGUGCAGGGCACGUGCAGUACCACUGUGCUCGCCAUUGCUGGCAUGACCUGUGCGUCCUGUGUCCAGUCCAUCGAAGGCGUGAUCUCCCGACGGGAAGGGGUGCAGCAGAUGUCAGUCUCUUUGGCUGAGGGGACUGGGACGGUUCUUCACGAUCCCUCUGUAAUUAGCUCAGAAGAGCUCAGAGCUGCUAUAGAAGACAUGGGAUUUGAGGCUUCAAUCAUUCCUGCUGGAAACCAUUCCACCAACCCUGCUGGAAACCCCAGUGCUAGCAAUUCCAUGGUGCAAACCACAGGUGGCACACCUGUCUCUGUGCAGGAAGUGGCUCCCCAUGCUGGAGGGGCCCCUCAAAACCACGACCCCAGCCGCUCACCAAAGUCCCUUCGACCCACCAGAACAGUGGCACCACAGAAGUGUUUUUUACAGAUCAAAGGCAUGACCUGUGCGUCCUGUGUGUCUAACAUUGAAAGGAAUCUGCAGAAAGAAGCUGGUGUUGUCUCCGUGUUGGUUGCCUUGAUGGCGGGAAAGGCAGAGGUCAAGUACGAUCCGGAAGUCAUCCAGCCGCUCCAGAUAGCUCAGCUCGUCACAGACCAGGGCUUUGAGGCAACAGUCAUGGAGGACUACGCAGGCUCAGUUGGUGACAUCGAGCUGAUCGUCACGGGGAUGACCUGCGCCUCCUGUGUCCACAACAUAGAGUCCAAGCUCAUGAGGACAAAUGGCAUCACCUACGCCUCUGUGGCCCUUGCCACCAGCAAAGCCCUUGUUAAAUUCGAUCCAGAAGUUAUCGGUCCACGGGAUAUUAUCAAAAUUAUUGAGGAAAUUGGCUUUCAUGCUUCUGUGGCGCAGAGAAACCCCAGCGCUCAUCACUUGGACCACAAGAUGGAAAUAAAGCAGUGGAAGAAGUCUUUCCUGUGCAGCCUGGUGUUUGGUAUUCCUGUUAUGGGUUUAAUGAUCUAUAUGCUAAUACCCAGCAACGAGCCCCAUGAAUCUAUGGUCCUGGAGCACAACAUCAUUCCAGGACUGUCCGUUCUAAAUCUCAUCUUCUUUAUCUUGUGUACCUUUGUCCAGCUCCUCGGUGGGUGGUACUUCUACGUGCAGGCCUACAAAUCUUUGAGACACGGGUCAGCCAACAUGGACGUGCUCAUCGUCCUGGCCACAAGCAUUGCCUAUGGCUACUCUCUGAUCAUCCUGGUGGUCGCAGUGGCCGAGAAGGCUGAGAGGAGUCCUGUGACGUUCUUCGACACCCCCCCUAUGCUCUUCGUGUUCAUCUCCCUGGGGCGGUGGCUGGAGCACGUGGCAAAGAGCAAAACCUCAGAAGCCCUUGCCAAACUCAUGUCUCUCCAAGCCACAGAAGCCACCGUUGUGACCCUUGGCGAGGACAACUUAAUCAUCAGAGAGGAGCAAGUCCCCAUGGAGCUGGUGCAGCGGGGUGACAUCAUCAAGGUUGUCCCUGGGGGAAAGUUCCCAGUGGAUGGGAAAGUCCUGGAAGGCAAUACCAUGGCGGACGAGUCCCUCAUCACAGGUGAAGCCAUGCCAGUCACUAAGAAACCCGGGAGCACCGUGAUCGCUGGGUCUAUAAACGCGCAUGGCUCUGUGCUCAUUCGAGCUACCCACGUGGGCAACGACACCACUUUGGCUCAGAUUGUGAAAUUGGUGGAAGAGGCUCAGAUGUCGAAGGCACCCAUUCAGCAACUGGCUGACCGGUUUAGUGGAUAUUUUGUCCCAUUUAUCAUCAUCAUUUCAACUUUGACGUUGGUGGUAUGGAUUGUAAUCGGUUUUAUCGAUUUUGGUGUUGUUCAGAAGUACUUUCCUAACCCCUACAAGAACAUCUCCCAGACGGAGGUGGUCAUCCGGUUUGCCUUCCAGACGUCCAUCACGGUGCUGUGCAUCGCCUGCCCCUGCUCCCUGGGGCUGGCCACGCCCACGGCGGUCAUGGUGGGCACCGGCGUGGCCGCGCAGAACGGCAUCCUCAUCAAGGGCGGCAAGCCCCUGGAGAUGGCGCACAAGAUAAAGACUGUGAUGUUUGACAAAACCGGCACCAUCACCCACGGGAUCCCCAGAGUCAUGCGGUUCCUCCUGCUGGUGGACACGGCCACACUGCCCCUCAGGAAGGUUCUGGCUGUGGUGGGGACUGCGGAGGCCAGCAGCGAACACCCCUUGGGUGUGGCAGUCACCAAAUACUGUAAGGAGGAACUCGGGACAGAGACCCUGGGAUACUGCACGGACUUCCAGGCGGUGCCAGGCUGUGGCAUCGGGUGCAAAGUCAGCAGCGUGGAAGGCAUCCUGGCCCACAGUGAGCGCCCGCCGGGUGAGCGGGUUGGUGGCAGUCUUCCUGCAGAAAAAGAUGCAGCCCCCCAGACCUUCUCUGUGCUGAUUGGAAACCGCGAAUGGCUGAGGCGCAAUGGCUUAACCCUUUCCAGUGACAUCAGUGACGCGAUGACAGACCAUGAGAUGAAAGGGCAGACGGCCAUCCUGGUGGCCAUCGAUGGGGUGCUCUGUGGGAUGAUCGCCAUCGCCGACGCUGUGAAGCCGGAGGCCGCCCUGGCCGUGCACACGCUGCAGAGCAUGGGCAUCGACGUGGUUCUGAUCACAGGGGACAACCGGAAGACAGCCAGAGCCAUUGCCACUCAGGUUGGCAUCAAAAAAGUCUUUGCAGAGGUGCUGCCUUCUCACAAGGUGGCCAAGGUCCAGGAGCUCCAGAACGCAGGGAAGAAGGUGGCCAUGGUGGGAGACGGGGUUAACGACUCCCCGGCCUUGGCCCAGGCGGACAUGGGCGUCGCCAUCGGCACAGGCACCGACGUGGCCAUCGAGGCGGCCGACGUCGUCCUCAUCAGGAACGACCUGCUCGACGUGGUGGCUAGCAUUCACCUUUCCAAGAGGACCGUCCGCAGAAUCCGAGUCAAUCUGGUCCUGGCGCUGAUUUAUAACCUGGUCGGGGUUCCCAUCGCAGCAGGUGUCUUCAUGCCCAUCGGCAUCGUGCUGCAGCCCUGGAUGGGCUCGGCGGCCAUGGCGGCCUCCUCCGUGUCUGUGGUGCUCUCUUCCCUGCAGCUCAAGUGCUAUAAGAAGCCUGACUCGGAGAGGUACGAGGCUCGGGCCCACGGCCGCAUGAAGCCCCUGACCGCGUCCCAGGUCAGCGUGUACAUCGGCAUGGAUGGCCGGCGGCGAGACUCCCCCAGGCCCGUGCCGUGGGACCAGGUCAGCUACGUCAGCCAGGUGUCUCUGUCCUCCCUGACUCCUGACAGGCCAGCUCGCCAUAGCACUGUAGUGGACGACGAUGGGGACAAGUGGUCUCUUCUCCUGAAUGACAGGGAUGAGGAGCAGUACAUCUAAAAGCCCUGGGCCCAGGGCAGGGCAGGGCCCAUCUCUCUCCAGCGAAGCGGCCGGCCCGCCUCCUCCCAAACGGGGGCUGGCAUCCACUGGCUGCUUGAGCCGAGCAGGCGCAGCCCCAGUAGCCAGCAGCAGGUGGGCAAAGCUUGCCCCGGCCUUGGGGACUUCUCCUUCCUGGAUGUUUCUGGUCGUCCCACCCCGCGGUGCAUGGCGUGGCCUGGAGAGGCCUGCCUGCCUGGGUCCUGCUGGCUCGGGGCGGAGCGCCGUGGCCUCACCAUGCUGCCGGCGUGGACUUGGACUCUGGAGUAGCAGAGGCAGGUCAGUCCUCCUCACAGACUCAGACUCUUCGGGACGACUACUUACGUAAUGAGGAACAGUCUCGGUGGGACCGAAAGCCUCGCUGGGCCUUUCCAGAGUAAAGACCUCCUGCAGAA